ACAGGCCAAGAGCGUCUGGAGCCUGAAUGAAAGCCUUGUGCAGCUACUGGGGGAUGCAGACAGAGAUGUGGUUUGGAUGACCCUCUCUGUGCUUGACAACGUGCUCUGGAGCAGUCUCUGGACACAGCUCCAGAAGAGAGUCCACAGCGAAGACCCCCUAAUAUCCACCCCCACUGGCCUGCAGUUGGCUGAGGCGCUCCGGCCACUGUUUGACCACGAUGACAGCAGUGUGCGGGAGGGCUCCAUUGUCAUCUUCACUCUUUUGAUGAAACUGAUGGAGAGAGUGGGAAAGAGGCCCCUAAAGCCACACGUGUGCCUGAGCCUGCUCCCGCUCUACUUCCACCGCUAUGAUGAGAACCUGGUUGUGAAAAAGGCCUCUCAGAAAGCACUGCUGGCUGUGACCAGGUUCCUAAAGAGGAGGGAUCUUGGGCGCCUGGUGAACACAGAGGAGCCAUGGAAGUUUGGCGAGUGCCUGCUGAAAAGGGACCGGAGCCGAGUGGCCAAAUACGUGCACCAGGCCCUGCCGUACCUGCAGAGCCCACAGCAGCCCCUGCGAGAGGCAGCCAUCAAGUUCAUGGGGAUCGCCGGGGGGUACCUGAGGGGACAGCACAAAGAGCUGCAGCUCAUCAUCGACGCCCUUCAAGCCGUGAGAGAUGACAGGAGCCCCGCUGUCUCAAAUCUGGCACUUGAAAACAUCAACUUUGUUAGAGCUGUACAGAGAGCUAAAGCUCCCCCCUCCAGGUUCCAGCAGCUCCGAGACCAGCUCUGUAGGGCAUGGAACAGCCUGCCUUCUCUGUGGGGCUGUGUCUGCUGUAGCUGUGUGGAGAGUUGAUCCUGGCAGCUCUGCCUGUUGGAGCCACCUGAGCCUGUGGGGAAGAUGCCUCUUCUCCACAAGCCUUUCUUUUUACCCUAGCAUAGGAAUAUUAAAUAAAUAAUGUCAUACACAGAA